AUGGCCGACCAACGCCUUCAAUUGUCAAUCGCCCCUCAGCCCAUACGUGAGACUACUCACGCCUCAGGAUUCACGCACCUCUUUCCGGAACGCUCAAAUGAGUACGCUCUCCAGAGCCUGAUGGGCUCCCAAAUCAGCUUCGGGCCUGGCGCCGAGAUCAAGAGGUUUUCCCUACCCAACGACUUCACAGCCAUCCGAAUCUGGAAUGUCGAUGAGGAAGUCCCAGGCCCGUCCUUCUGGGAGAAUCUCAAGUCGUUUUCCGGCUAUGAUGUCCACCAACGCAUGGAAAUCGCAAGGUAUGGUACAGUCGAGGGCGUCCGCUACAUCGACGUGACCCUUGAGGACCCCCACUUCGCCCAGAAUAUCUGCCAGGACUUCCGUGAUUUCGACCACAGGAUGCGCACAUCCCUCUCGAAGGACCUUGAGCGGAUCCCUUCCUCCAUCCGCUGGCGCUCCGAGCCACACGUCGGCAUCACCGAAGCCCGCACUGUUCGCCUGACGUGGAACCAGCCCCGGAAGAACGCGCACCUUAUAUUCUUCGAUCACCACAAGGCGGAGAAGCUUACGGGGCUCUACCGCGAGGGGCUGGUCGACCUCUUUGGCGGCCACGUAUACAGCUACCCGCUCCCGUUGCAGAACUCGGGAUACGCGGUCCGGCUGAGAGACCUCCCGUCCCACGUCACCCAAAACGAUAUCCGGAGUCGGAUGCCCAAAGACCUCAUGCCCAACGGCAUUAUGUGUGGCCCCCCGCGGGUCUACGGCGAUAAGGAGAGGUGCAAUGACUUGACGACACUCAAGAAUCUGCUGGACACCAUCGGGUGCUCUACCAUCGAGCUGAUCCCUGAGAAGGAGGUCGAAGCAGGCAUGGUGGGCGCAAUGGCGCGCUUCGACUUCGAGGAGGAGGCCCGGCGCGCCGUCAGAAAGCUGGACGGCACCGCUCCCAGCUUCGUUCGCUACGGCAACCUCGAGGUGGUUACCGUCUACACGGCGAUGUUCUGUGUCCCCAAACAGUGGAUGUUUGACCCCCUGUUACAGUCAGUCAUGAAGAGAUACUCCAUGAUCAGCUUCAAAAUGAGCAGCAGCAGCGACAACGUCGUCAUUCAGAUAGAGAACACGGAAUCAAAGCCCGUGACCGGCAUCAGAAGGCUCUUCGAGGAGGUCUUUGGCCACUAUCACCGCAUGGCCGAGGAGGAAGAACACCGCCGGCUUGAAGAGUGCUGCAGACCCCAAGACGGCGAGGCGGCGGUUUCGAGCGAGUCGGAAUGCCCCGUCUGCACGGCGGAGCCGUCAGAGCCUGUCCAGUCCGCCUGUGGCCACGUCUAUUGCAAGCAAUGCUACGUGCAUAUGGUCCAGUCGACGGCCAAUUCGGGAACGGAAUCCUCUCUCAGAUGCAUCGGCGAGGAUGGAGCCUGCCAGGCGCCGCUCCCCUUGUCUGAGCUCAGGGGCAUCCUGCAGAUGAACGGCUACAGAAAGCUCCUCGAGUCGGUCGCGAAAGCGCACGUCAGGAAGAACCCCCUCGACUACCGCAGCUGCCCGACGGCAAAAUGCCAGCAGCUCUACCGGCCGACGCCCAGAGAGGCCAAAAUCAACGCGGUGGCCCGAUGCCCGGACUGCUUCGUUGUGCUGUGCACCACCUGCCACGAGCCCCACGACGAGACCGUCUCAUGCAAGGUAGCCGAGGACGCCGCGACUACGGAGCUGAUGGCGGCCCUCAACAUCAAGGGGUGCCCGCGGUGCAGCACCUUCAUCGAGCGCAUCGAGGGCUGCAACCACAUUGAGUGCGGGUGCUGCCACGCACACAUCUGCUGGCUCUGCAUGGAGUACUACCCGGACAGCCUGGCGUGUUACGAACACAUGGCGGAGGCACACGGGGGCGCGUUCGCCGGCGUUCCUGGGUUUGACGCCUACGGCGAGCCAAUCUUCGACCCCCUAGCUGCGCUGCCGCCUGGCUUGGAUGACGACGAGGGUGAGUUCGAAGACGACAGAGAGGACAUGGAGGAGGGAGAGAUCGUACAGGACAACGAGGGUGGCGAGGUGCUGUUCAGAGCAUGA